UCCAAACACUGUUGGGACUCUCAGAGACAAGUGGAUGGAGGUAUUUAAGGCGCAGGGACCUCGGUGGCCGGGCAAAGGCGUUCUGGGGCCAGGAGCCACCUUAAAAGGAGGAAAAAGUUCUCUCCUUUGGGUUUUCCUGGGUGGCAAAUGGGUCUUGUUUAGACCUCAGGACAACCUUUGAGAGGACAAAGUAGGGGCAAGUUGGGAUCUAUUUGCUGGUGGCAUUUGUUAGUAACCCUAUUUGCAAGAGACCAGAGCAGGGCAAAAAACCCAAAACAGACACCACUUUUGGGUCCAAAGUUGGGGAUAAUAGGUCCAUCAACUUGGUGGCAUUGAUUGUAUUUUGGAGUUUGUAUCAGAUAAUUUUUUGGAGUUUGUAUCAGAUUAUAUUUUGGCGUUUGUAUCAGAUUGUAUUUUGGAGUUUGUAUCAGAUUGUAUUUUGGAGCUUCAUCUCAAAGGAGACCAAUUAGGGGAAAAAAACCCCUAUUUGGAGUUGGGAACUCUUCCUUUCCAUCUCUGAUCCCAAGAUGUUCCUCGCUCUCCUCUUCUUCCAACUCCUGUCCCCAAAUUUGGCUGCAAGCGGAGGUUCUCACUGGACAUACGAAGGUCCCCACGGUCAGGAGCACUGGCCGGAGACGUAUCCAGACUGCGGGUUCCAGUCCCAGUCCCCCAUCGAUAUCCAAACCGGUUCGGUCCAAUAUGACCCCAACUUGCCGCCAAUCGAGACUGAGGGGUACCGGGAUCCCGGGGGCGAAUUCACCAUGAUAAAUAAUGGCCACACAGUGCAGCUCUCCCUGCCCCAGACCCUGCGCUUGCACGGCCUUCCCAGCAUCUACUCCGGGGUCCAGAUGCACUUGCACUGGGGCAGCAAGGGACGUCCUGGAGGGUCGGAGCACCAGGUCGACGGACAGGCCUUCCCGGCAGAGCUUCACGUGGUGCACUUCAACUCCCAAAAGUACCCCAACGUCAGCGCGGCCCUACGCCAACCGGACGGACUGGCCGUCUUGGGCAUUUUCCUACAGGCUGGAGGGGCCGAAAAUCCAGCUUAUGACCACAUCUUGCGGCACCUGGAGGACAUCAAGUAUAAAGAACAGGAAAUACAGAUUGAUGCUUUCGACGUCCGCGACCUCCUCCCGGCGCAUUUGGGCCACUAUUUCCGCUACAACGGCUCGCUGACCACCCCGCCUUGCUACCAGAGUGUCCUCUGGACCGUCUUCCACCAGCCGGCCAGCAUCUCCCUCAGCCAGCUGGAGAAACUGCAGAAAUCCUUGUAUGCAACGGACGAAGGCAAGAUGCCCGAGGCGCUUUUGGUGGAUAACUUCCGAGACCCUCAAAAUGUGAACCAGCGGGUCGUUUACUCUUCUUUUAUUACGACUCCUUCUGGAUAUUCUGCAGGUGAGAUUGUGGCCAUCAUUUUUGGGGUGCUCUUGGGCUGCCUGGGCGUCUUCCUGGCCGGUUGGAUCGUGGCGAAGAGAAUACGGUGAGACGCAGGCCGAGAUGGGAGGCCGAACCGUUGUCUUCCACCCAAUGGAGACAGGGAUGGAAGAAUGCAGGAACAGAAGGGUGUUGUCUUUACUUCCUCCACGCGGAGAGCCAUUUCGGAUUAAGAUCCUUACAAGAGUCCCCAAACAUUUCAUCCCUGACUUUCUUCACUGCGAUGCAAAUAAAUAAAUAAAAUUAGAGACUUGCAUGGGAGGAGAUGUGGAAGUGCGGGCAACCGGUUGGAAACCAUGAGGACUAGCAUCACAGUGCCAACUUGGAGUCCCAAUCAUGAUGUAAAAGCAGAAUAAUAGUAGUAGUAAUAAUAAUAAUAAUUUGUCUCUGCAGCUCAA